AUGGCCACCAGCUACAACGAAAUGAUGAAAUCGUUUUCAGACGAUGAAAUAAUCCAGCGCUGCAAGGAAGCCACCCCUGAUCUCCUCCUGAGCAGCGUGCCGUACGGCGGCAAGGUCGUCAAACUAACUGACCAGCUGGCCGUCAAGUGUGGAUGGCUACUCGGCAAGGACGAAGCCGGCAAUCAAGCCAAAGCGUACGAAAUGCUCGACCCCAGCAUUGUGCGUGUGCCCCGAGUGCACCGGUAUUUCAUGGACUCCAAGGAGCACGGCUAUAUCGUCAUGGAUCUCAUGGAAGGAGUCAUCAAGGAUUCCAUCGCCGAGGGCCCCGACCAAGCUGCCAUGUCGCGGAUCUUGGAGCAUUUCGCAUCUUUCAAGUCUCAGAAACCAGGUCCACUCACAGGAGGUGGACCGUCUCGCGGCUUCCUCUUCGGAGACGCAGAUCAUCCUACAUUUGAAUCCGUCCAAGAUAUGGAGGCGUGGUUCAAUGUUCGUCUUCUCGACCCCAAGACCGAAAUCUCCUUCAAAGGCCUGGAAUUGGUGUUUUGCCAUCUGGAUCUCUUUCCUCGCAAUAUCUUCUGGCUGGACAAUCAUCCGCCUUGUGUGCUGGAUUGGACCUCUGCAGGAUUCUACCCGAGAAUCUUCGAGAGAUGCUCCCAGCUGAUCACCCAACAGCCAGAGACGAACCCUGUCAUUCUGGACCAAUCUAUCUCGCAGUUCGAGGCGGUCCAAGUCGACCUUGUACACAAAGCAUGGUGGAACAACAUCAAAUUUUCCUUGUGA